AUGGAGGACAUCACAGUUCCAGUGCUGUAUGAGGAUGACCCUUGCUGUGAUCUUGAAAACAGCCCCUCAUCUUUGCCUCUGCAUCAGUCCCUAGCAUCGAUGGCUGAUGUGUCACUGGCUGAGCCGUCCACAUCAUCAUCAGAACAACAGCAUCUUGCCCCUGCCCCUUCAGUACUGUUACAGUCAUCUGACACUGGAAGCAGUAUUUCCGACGAGGCUCAGGGAGCAGUCAUUGGACCCGAUGGCAUCGCUGGGUGGGACAAGGUCCAGGAUUUGGCUGGUUACCUGGUGGGUCUUCGUGAGGCUCCUUACCUUACUGACCAGCAGGUGACAGAGGCCAUCCAGCUGUGGACAGCUCUCCUAGAUUUCGAUAAGCAGGUCAACUACCAGCCUCGACAUCAGCCUCAGCUGACACAUGGGCGCUAUAAGGCACCGAAGCGGUCUGGAGUCACACCAGGUGUGGAGAGUGUGAAACAGUGUCUGAUUGGACAUCCUGGGGGUCCAGCGCAGUGGCCCGACGCCAACCGCUUGGUUAAUACCAUUUGUAUGAAGCUGUGUGCUUUACACAAGUCGCCAACCAAGAAAGAUGGAGUUUGCACCCCCAGGUGGUCUAAAGUUCUUUCAGAUUACCACCACAUCCGAGAGUUGGUGCUUAACAAUCCCACUAUGAUGGAUGAAACAACGAUCCAGCUGUUUGAGAUAAACCAUAGGACACUCACUCAGUGGUUUCGUAAGUGGAAGAAUAGACAGGAAAUGGGCGUCCUCGGUCAGGGUCUGACUCCAUCUAACCCAAUUGCUGUGGCUGAUACGCACCUGCCUCCACCGAGGGAAAAAUUGAAUGAAGUGCCAUCGACAUCAGGCCCAAAACAUCAAUUUUUCCUUCCACCAAAUCGUGAAGGACAGGCUCCUCUUCUGCGACCAGGUCGAAAGCCAGCUGCUGCCACCAGGGAGUUUCCCAUUGCAUCCGCCCCCACAGCAUCAGGAGUUGUGCAGCCCAUCGCACCUGCCCCCACAGCAUCAGGAGUUAUGCAGCACAUUUUGGCCCCCAUCGCACCCGCCCCCACAGCAUCAGGAGUUGUGCAGCCCAUUUUAGCACCCAUCGCACCUGCCCCCACAGCAUCAGGAGUUAUGCAGCACAUUUUAGCACCGGGGUUGUCGUUUGGCACGGUAGUCUUUAAUCCAGACAUGACUGUGUCAGUGGUGAUUCCACCUUCUGGUGCUUCGACAUCCAGUGCAGUCCCAGCUCCGCCUGCUCCGGCGUCUGCUGCUCCUGUGUCCCGUUACACGCAAAGGAACAGGCGCCGACGGGCUAUGGAGAAUGAAAGUGGUGUCCAGAAGAGGAAGUAUGUGCGAGGGGUUACUUUUAACACGUGCAGCGAAUGUGGGCAGCCCAAAACGAAAGAGUUUGGCCAAAUGCCACAUUUUGCUUGCGUGCCUCAAAUGGCAAAUCUUUAG